AUGGAAUAUGAAGUUACCCAGAAGCUGGACGGCCUUUUGGGGAGUAACCCUACGGUCGACAAGGCCCUCGAAGCGGGUCGCUCUCUAUCAGACAACGAGAUCAACGUGCUCGCCAACGGAUAUGAAGAGCACUAUUCACUGCGAACGGACCAGCAAAAGGAAGACUUCACGUCGGCGGCGGAGAUCAACGAGCGUCUCCUUGUCAUUCCAACAGAAGCUGGUGCUCAUCGACCAGAUCUACCAGAGGGCUUCACGGAUAACUUGGACAUAAUCACCGGACCAGCUAUUCCGGUGUCCGCAGCCGUUGCAGAUAUUUUUCGAACCAUCAUAAUCAGACUGGUUACAAUUGCUAUCUCGACAUCUUCAUCCCCAAACCCCAAGCAAUUCCAUGAUUAA